CAGCCGGCAGUGCUGACCCAACCGCCUCGAUCGGCACAUCCGUCGCUUCUCCGCUCGCAACAUAUUCUACCAGCACACGCAGAGUCCUCUGGCUUUUCGUUCGGAUAUUGCCCAUUGGCGCUGCAGUUGCCCCACCCCACUCGCCGGCUAAUCUGUGACCAUCGCCCACAAAUCGGCCCCGUUGUCGAGCCAGCGACUCUUGCUGCCUCCCGCUCUAUCCAGCCUGUCUCUGGCAUCCGGCCCUUGCUGUGCGCACACGCCUCGCCGUCAGAUUCCAGCUCAAUCCCAGCUCAGUCCCAGCUCAGUCCCGGCUCAAUCCUAGCUUCUCCCCGACCCGGCCUCAUCCUUGGUGUUCGCCCGUCGUCGACACGAAAUGUCCAACACCAACUUUGUUGUCGAAUACUGCUCGCCUUGGCUUGUCUUUCCGCUCACCGAAAUCGUGCGGUUCUGUCCCCAUAGCAACAUCAAGAUCCUUGAUGUCACGUCGGGGCUGCGCGAUAAUCGGUCCAUUGGGCUAAACUUUGAGGAAAGCAAUGAAGUCGGCGUGGGUCAAUACACCGCCAUAUGCACAAAGGUGCCCAACCCGCCGCUUGGCGAGAGGCUCGUUGUCUAUAUUCGCUAUCGCCGCAUCACCGAAGCACUGCGAGCCCUGGGUCGCAUCCUUGGCAUUGGCUUUGCAAUGAGCCCUCAGGCCGAUGCCACACAGCUCUUGACCUUCAGCGAGCAGGCUCAGUUCGUAACGCUCGGCACCAUGAUCGACUGCAGCCGCUGUGGAGUUCCGAGGAUCGAAACCCUGCUGGCUUUUAUUCGGUUCAUCGCCCUCAUGGGCAUGAACACUCUGCAGCUCUACACCGAAGAUACCUACAAGGUCGAAGGGGAGCCUUUCUUUGGAUUCCUCCGGGGCGGCUUCACGCAAGAACAACUCGCCACCAUCGACCAAUACGCAAGUCAGUUUGGUGUUGAAGUGUUCCCCUGCAUCCAGACUCUCGGCCACAUGGGCCAGGUUCUUCAGUGGCCGCAAUAUGCCUGCGUUAAAGACACCCCGGACGUGCUUCUUCCAGGCACCGAUGCAACAUACAUGCUGAUCGACAAGAUCAUCGAAACAAUAUCACGGCCAUUCAAGUCAAGGCGUAUCCACAUUGGCAUGGAUGAGGCCACCGGCCUCGGAGAAGGUCGCUUCAAGCAGCUGUUCGGCGUCAAAGAUACGUCCGAUAUCAUGUUUGAUCACAUCCAGAAAGUAACGCAUAUCUGCCGCGUCAAAGGCCUGUCUCCAAUGAUCUGGUCGGAUAUGGUUCUAGCGCAGAACUUGGAGUCGAGUCCCACUCAAGAAUCGCACCAAGCGCCUGCUCGGCUGCUUGCGUCUCCUGAUACGCCCAGCUUGGUCUACUGGGAGUAUUUCCAGACCGAUCCCCAUCCCUACGUCCGAAAGAUCCAGCAGCACCGCGAGUGCGGAUUCGAGCCGUGGGUUGCCGGAGGCAUAUGGACCUGGAACCGCUUCUUCACCGCACUGUCCUUCACCUUCGAUGCCUCCAAAGCCUGCCUGCAGGCCUGCAAGCAGCAGCGUAUUCAAAACGUCUUUGCAACCAUUUGGGGCGACGACGGGAACGAGUGUGAUAUUUUCUCGUCGCUUCCGGGGCUGCUCUUCUAUAGCGAGCAUGGGUAUACCAGCGCAGACGACAUCGAUGAAAACCAGUUCCGGAAUAGCUUCGCGGGCAUAUGCGGCGGGAAUCUCGAUGACUUUGUUGCUGCCGGCAAGAUCGAUAGCGCCCCUAUCACGGCAGACGUCCCUUACUAUGCCACCAACUUCCCGCCCAACAUGUCCAAGUGGAUCUUGUGGCAGGAUCCGUUCUACGAGUUCCUGAGUCCUCAGUACCAAGACUAUGAUCUCGAGACUCACUACACAACCCUCGCCGAAUCGCUCAAGUCCGCCAGCCAGAACGUGCAGCGAUAUCCCCUCAACAGCCGCCUUCACUAUCCCUAUCUGCUCGCGACCGUGCUCGCGCUCAAGUCACAUCUGCGACAGCGGCUCGUUGUUGCCUAUCGCACCCAGAACAGAGACGAGCUGAUCUAUCUGACGACCGAUCCGCUGCAGAAGCUGCGGGAUCGCCUCGAGCUGCUGUGGAGGUACCACCGCACGAUGUGGCUCUCGACAAACUCGCCGUUCGGGUCCGAGAUCCUGGAGCUUCGCUAUGGCGCCAUCCGAACACGCCUCGAGAGCCUGCAGCUCCGCUUGCUGGACUUUAUCAAGGGCUCGAUCAGCGACAUUCCCGAGUUUGGCGAAGAUCUGAGCGUCGUUUAUGAGAACUCGGGGCCGUCGCUCGUGCUGGAUUUCGCACGGAUCUACUCGCCUGUGCGUGCGCUGGGGACGGGAUGAGUCCCAGGCUGCCGCCGUAUCGAGGGUGACGACUCUUUGUUCCUGUCAAUAAAUUACACACAUGUGCUUGCAGGAGAA